AUCUCUAAAUGCGCAGGGUGCGUCAGAGUCGCUUGACUCUCGCGGAAUCGACUGUCUUCUCUUUCUCAGUCUCAAGGCUUUUCAAACAAGAGCCACAAGUCUCAAUGUCUGACGGGCUAUGACAACGUCACUUAUACUUCGCCCGCGCUGGAUUGACCCGAUCAUGUUUCUGUACGAUAACGGUGGCUGCUUGGACGACUCCGGCAAGAACAUGGAAGGGUUCACGGGAGGUAACUUCUCUCCGAGUCCAUGCAGGAAUUUGAUGGCUCAUCCUGCCUCUCUUGCGCCCAGCGCUGCUUAUUCGUCAAGCGAAGUAGCUGCAGCAGGAGCGGGUGAACCUGGAAAGCAAUGCAGCCCCUGUUCAGCCGUUCAGGGUUCGGCCAGCGCUUCACUUUCCUACGGGUAUUUCGGUGGUGGUGGAUACUACCCUUGCCGAAUGUCACACCAUCACGGGGGCAGUGGAGGUGUUAAAACAUGUUCCCAGUCUCCUGCGUCUGCCUCGCCUUACGGGGAAAAAUACGUGGACACGUCCACCUCUACAGGGGAAGAUUAUACAACCACGCGCGCCAAAGAGUUUGCCUUCUAUUCCAGCUACGCCUCGAGUCCGUACCAACCAGUUCCAAGCUACCUGGAUGUCCCUGUGGUCCAGGCAGUGAGCGGGUCUGCAGAGUCCCGACACGAACCCCUGUUACCUAUGGAGAGUUACCAACCUUGGGCAAUCACGGCCAGUAACUGGAAUGGCCAGGUCUACUGCACCAAAGACCAGCACCAAACGGGACACAUGUGGAAGUCGUCUGUACCAGCAAUAUCUCAUGGAGGAGCAGACGGCAGUUCUUAUCGACGUGGGAGAAAAAAGCGCGUUCCAUACACCAAGGUUCAGCUAAAGGAACUUGAACGCGAAUAUGCCGCCAACAAGUUCAUCACCAAAGACAAACGCAGACGGAUAUCCACUCAGACCAACUUGUCUGAACGACAGGUCACUAUCUGGUUCCAGAACCGACGGGUAAAGGAGAAAAAAAUAGUCAACAAAUUAAAAAGCAGCAGUUAGCUUUGUUUGAAAAAUCGAGUGGAACAAUUUUAAACAAUGAUCGGCCAUUCACUCAAAUGUGUCUUUCCGAGUUAUCAAAUAAUAGACGUUUUAACGAAUAUUUGUUUUUCUUGGACUACUGCUUUGGAGUUUGUGGAGAUCACUUUGGAUCGGACAGGGUUGAAUGUUGACGCGGUGCGUCAUCUUUGACACCGCACCAGGUGACGGCGCAAACUGCAUAUGGCCAUAUUCCCAACUAUAGGCCAAAAUAUUGUGUUGUGUUGUAAUUAUUUACUGCUCACAAAGUAUCUUUUAAAAACUUUGGAUUUCGAUUUUGUAUUGACCCCUCUUAAGCAUGGUCAAUUCUUUAAAUUUCAUCACGUCCAGUGUCCCUUUUAAUUACAAUCUUAUUAAAAUCUCAAGUUAUCUUCGCCUCAUGCUGGAGAAUAUGAGGUAUGGACCUAGACGUUUAUCAUAUCCAUGUAUAAUAUGUGUUUUUAUCUGGGCCAAAAUAGGCUUCACUAUAAAUUACUGUGUGUUGGAGUAGCUUGUGUUUUGUCGUUAUUAGUAUUGGUGUUUCUCAAAAAUUCGUCCUAUUAAACCAUUGAUAAGAAAAAUGUGUAUACGGACGAGAUUAUACAUUUCACAAGAUACACAACAUGACAAAAUGAACCAUUAAAAUUACAAAGUAAAAAUUCUUCAACAUAUGACCUAUUUUUCACGCCAGUAAUGAUCUUUGUAAGUUGACAUAUUGGAUGCUGUACAAAGUUUUAUGGACUGCACAUCACCGAUGUCUUAGUGUGUACUAUAUGAAAUCUCUUGUCUUUAGGCCGUAACAAGAAACAAUUCGUUUAGAUUUGCUGUGAGACGUAGGCUAGGUAAUGAAUCGUGAUGCAUAGAGCAAUGGCGCCAUCUGCUGGUGAACGUUAGGUGGACGCAGAUGUUCUUGGUCAUUUUAUAAAAAUGAACACAACCUUGAACAGACACAUCUAUACAUAAAUCCAAUAGACCCACUUUCACGUAAUAUAUUACUAAUUACAUGUUUUAGGAGAUUAUUUCAUUUAGAGCUCUGAACAGGCUCUCUAAAGCACGCAACAUUUUGUUGUCUAUGGUUUUUGUAUAGAGACAUUUUAUGGACAGUUUCAUAUUGAUUUUAAGUAACCGACUAUAUGAUUAUUAAGAGACAAAUCUUUAAAUUGUUUAAAUAAAACAAUUUAAUUUGAUUUAAUUAUGUGAGUGAUUUUUAUCGUAUGCGUAAGAAUUUAUCACAUCUUUAAGGCCUCUGACGUUUAGAAAUGUUUAGAAAAGCUAUACGUCGAAAAAUCUAUAGGUUAUUCUUUCACGGUGAUCUUUUGACAUGCAUUUAAUUUGAUAUAAAUUCCAUUACAUGUAAAAGUUCUAAAACUUUUAAUAAAAUUUGUUUACAGAACAGGUUACAUCUGCUGAAUCCCCAUAAAUUUUGCUGUUCUGCCCCGCGUUUGUAUUUUUGUACAGUCUGUAAAGUGCGGUUUAGCAGUUUUCAGAUUAAAUGCAAUAAGGUAGCAUGCAUUGUGUGACUUUUUGGGGCACAAAUAAAUAAGAAGCUACGCGCACAAAUAAAGACCUUAUAUUCGUUUAUAUAUACUUCUGGUUAACUGUGUCAUAAAAUAAAUUUGAUUAGCUAAAUAAAACGGAAAAUAUUUUACGAACUUAUACAAUAGGCCUUUAUUAAACUGUAUUUUGUAUAAGGUAUUUUGAACACUUUUAAGCAAACGUAAACUCUUCAUUUUGUUGAUUGCAUUUUCCAACCUCUUGAUAAACAAUAAUAUUGUUUUGUUGGAGCUAAAUUAUUCCUAAAAAAACUAACAAACUAAACUAAACUAAAUAUUUUUAAACCGUGUUAUUAUUUUUAACACUUUUUAUUGCUAUGCAAAGCGAAUGAAACAGCUUUUUUGUUAACACAUAUUAUUAUUAUAAAAGUGUAAUAACCAUUUUUUUUUAUUAAUUACUAUUUUUUGCAACACAGCACACGGUUCAACUAUGGUUACUGUAGCAAAACCGGUUAAUUUCUGUAACCAUUGUUUAACAAUUGAUUUUAUUUGAAGUAGCCUAAAAACCACGGUUAAUUUUCGUGAAAUCUGCUGAGCCUUUUCCAAUACAAAAAAGUUUUCUGCAAUAGAAAGAUUUUGUGGACGUUAAAGGUUCUUUAAGGAACCGUCCAGCCCAACAGUAAGCAUUUUAGGGAGCUUUAGUUUUAGAUUGUUUAGACCUAUGGUCUCUUAAUUAUAGUUGUUUGUUACAUUUUACAUACAAAAUGCAACCUAAAUAUACCACACGUAUGUGUUUGUGCGUAUUAAGGUUUCUAGCUUAAUGUCAUUUGCUUAUUAGUUAAGCUGGUUUCUGGCGCCAUCUACAGAACAGAAAAUAAACUGCAUAUGAAAAAUAAUGUCUCUAUACUAUAUUUCUUUUCUUUUUUUGUUCGUCAGUUCAAAUUUGAGAAUUGAAUCUAAAUGAUAUCAAAAUUAGCUACUGAACAAGCCUUGUUUUAAUAGUUUGAAUAUAAAUUUUCUUGUAACUUGUAACAUGUCAGAUAUAGUCCAGAUUUUUAUCGUUUUGACACAACAACAACAACAAAAACUUAAUGGGCAAUAUGUUGUGUUGAAAAUCACAGAUUUCCACAGUGUCUAAAAUAAUUUAAUCUUGCAAAAGGUUUUAGUAAAAGUGUGUGCUGCUGGCUUUUUUGGAAGGGCUAAAGCUUUCAUGGUGGUCAAGGUCAUAGACAAAAUCAGAAGCGAACUUCUGGUUUAGUUUAUAUCUUCUUUACUGUUACACAUUUUUAUCCGUUUCGUUUCAUUAAAAUGUAAGUAAAGUACCAAAGUAAUACAAAUAAAAAGCGAGACAAAAUGUUCAUCUGUAAUGUUUUUAGAUUUUAAUUUUACUCAACUAAAUAGGCGCCUUCGGCUUUUUCUGCGUUCUGUUUUAAGUUUGUUAUUGUAUAUUUAUAUGUGUCAUUACAUGAUUCCAUUGCUUUUCAUUCAUGUUGACCAUGUUUUUAAGAACAUGUUUUUUUUAAACAAAAUUUAAUCCAGUUGUACC